ACAGAGCAAACAGAGGCCAGACUGGCUCUGACAGCGAAAAUACGUCUGUCGCUGGGGAGCCAAACUCCCGGAGCUGGUGUUUAUUCUUUAAUUUAAAAGUCCGCAUGGUGUAGAAGUAGCAGAUACAUCAACAUGGGUUUCAUUUGGGACUAUCUCUCGACGACGGCGAAACUCCGGGUGCCACUUUUCGCCUUUCUCCUCUUUCUUGUUGUCUCCCUUGGUGAAACCAGGCUGCGCCGGACACGAAGCGUCAGCACCGCGACGGAGGAAACGGUAGAAACUUACAGCAAAUACUAUAAUUAUGUGGACAUGACCAGACGUUUACAGUCCUUAGCCCAGAAAUACCCUCACAUAGCUAACCUGUCGAGCAUAGGUCAGUCUGUGGAGGGCAGGGAGCUGUGGGUGAUGCGGAUCACCAAGGACCCCAACACAGACGCACCGGGGAAACCCAAAUUCAAAUACGUAGGGAACAUGCACGGCGAUGAAACCGUGUCCAGGCAGGUGUUGGUGUACCUUGUGGAGUACCUGCUGAGUAGAUAUGGGGAGGAACCGCGUAUAAAUGAGCUGGUGAACACCACGGAUAUCUACAUCAUGCCCAGCAUGAACCCUGACGGCUUUGAGAGGUCCGUGGAGGGGGACUGCAAUGGCGACAACGGGGGGCGAAAUAAUGCCCUGAAUGCAGACCUCAACAGGAGCUUUCCUGACCAGUAUGAUGGGACCCGUGUCAAACCAGAUGAGAUCCCCGAGGUCAUGGCUAUGAUCAGAUGGAUCCAGGAGAAAAAAUUCGUGCUGUCGGGGAACCUGCAUGGCGGCACUGUGGUUGCCAGUUACCCCUUUGAUGACUCACCCUCCCACCAGCAGCAGGGCCACUACAGCCAGUCGGAGGAUGACAGCCUGUUUCGCCACUUGGCCCUGGUGUAUUCCCAUAACCACCCUGUGAUGAAUACCGGGGAGCCCAACUGCCCCGAUGCCAUGGACGAAACUUUUAAAGAUGGCAUCACCAAUGGGGCGCAGUGGUAUGACGUGCCUGGAGGGAUGCAGGACUACAACUACCUCUAUGGAAACUGUCUGGAAAUCACCAUGGAGCUGAGCUGCUGCAAAUAUCCUCCUGCAUCUGAGCUCCAGAAGGAAUGGAAUAUGAACAAGGAAUCCUUGAUAGCCUACAUCGAACAGGCCCAUAUAGGUGUCCAUGGCUAUGUGAAAGAUGCUAUCAGUGGUGCUGCCCUCGCCAAUGUCAGCAUUGUGGUGGCAGGCAUUCGCCACAACCUGACGACAGGAAAAUAUGGGGACUACUACCGCCUUCUCCUCCCAGGAACAUACAACAUCACAGCUGUGGCCCCGGGCUACGCACCAGUGACAGUCUACGGUGUCCACAUUGUGGAGGGCAACGCCACAGAACAGAGCUUUACCUUGGCACCCAUGGUCAAUGAGGCUUCAGGUAGCACCACUGUGACUACAUACUCCAUGUCAUCCACUGACAAUCCAAAGCUCUCCACCACCACUACCGACGCUUCUGAUACCACCCGGGUGGUUCCUCAUGAGGGAAGUGGGAACAACCCUCCUUUACUUCCUCCUGAGCAGCAGCCCAUUCAGCCUCAGGAAUUUCGUCAUCACAACAACGCGGACAUGGAGCUGUUUUUGCGCAAGUACAGCAGCGAGUUCCCCUCUAUUACCCAUCUUUACACAGUUGGCAAGUCUGUGGAAAACCAUGAGCUCAAUGUGAUGGUCAUCUCGGAUAACCCCAAAAACCACGAGCAUGGUGAGCCAGAGUUUAAGUACAUAGCCAACAUGCACGGUAAUGAAGUGGUGGGACGAGAGUUAUUGCUCAACCUCAUCGAGUACCUGUGCCGUAACUAUGGCACUGACCCGGAGGUCACUCAGUUGGUCAACAGUACCCGCAUUCACAUCAUGCCUUCUAUGAACCCUGACGGCUAUGACGCUGCCAUUGAAGGCGAUGUAAAGGGCUACAAAGGCCGCAACAACAGCAACAAUUUCGACCUGAACCGCAACUUCCCAGACCAGUUUGUUACCAUCACAGAGCCCAGACAGCCAGAGACUAUAGCCGUGAUGAACUGGCUGAAGAGCAUCCCCUUCGUCCUGUCAGCCAACCUCCAUGGAGGUUCCUUGGUGGUCAACUACCCCUAUGACGACGACAGAGACGGGACAUCUCAUUACAGCCAGUCACCUGAUGACAAAGUCUUUCAGCAGCUGUCCAGAGCCUACUCUCAGGAGAAUCCUUUGAUGCACAAUGGACACCCUUGUGAGGAACUGUACCCGCAUGAAUACUUUCUGGAUGGCAUCACCAAUGGUGCAAACUGGUACAGUGUUCCUGGUGGCAUGCAGGACUGGAACUAUGUUAACACCAACUGUUUUGAGGUGACCAUCGAGCUGGGCUGUGUCAAAUACCCCUUGGCCAGAGACCUGCCAAAAUACUGGGAAGAAAACCGCCGAGCGUUGCUUCAGUUUAUGCAUCAGGUUCACACUGGAGUAAAAGGCACAGUCUCUGACAUUGGGGAUGGCACAGGAAUUCCCAGUGCCACCAUUAGUGUGGAGGAGAUAGACCACAACGUCACCACGGCUCAUACUGGAGACUACUGGAGACUGCUGGCCCCUGGGACUUACUCCAUCACUGCCUCCGCCCAUGGUUAUAAACCAGUGAGGACCUACGCCACAGUCCCAAAGGAUGGAGUAGAGGAGGUGGACUUCAGACUGACACGUAUACACUCAGAACCUAACGGCCAGUCUCCCAAGGGCCCACCACCCACAAGUACCCCAUCUGAGAAGGAGUUCCAGAGCUUAAUCAAGGACCUGUCUAUAGGCCAGGGUUUGGAGCAGCUGGUCAGGAGCACAGCCACAGAGAACAGCUUCCGCUACAGACGCUACAAAGAGCUGUCCGCCUUUUUGAGAGGCCUCACACUUAACUUUCCCAAAAUUACAUCCUUACACAGUUUGGGCCAAAGUGUAGAGUUUCGAACCAUUUGGGCUCUAGAAAUCUCCAACAAACCAGGGAAGGCUGAACCAUCUGAGCCCAAGAUCCGUUUUGUAGCAGGGAUCCAUGGCAACGCCCCAGUGGGCACAGAGCUGCUGCUGGAAUUUGCUGCCUUCCUCUGUAUCAACUAUGGGAAGAACCCAGCCAUCACCAGGCUGAUCAAUGAGACCCGGAUUGUCAUCGUUCCUUCUAUCAACCCAGAUGGACGAGAACAGGCUGUUGAGAAGCAGUGCACCUCCACUCAGGGCAUGACCAACACUCAUGGCAAGGAUCUGGACACAGAUUUCUUUGGAAAUGCAUCACAGCGUGUGGUGGAGGCCCAGCCAGAGACCAGAGCCAUGAUGGACUUGAUUCUAGACAAGAGCUACACUCUGUCUGUGGCCCUGGAUGGAGGCGCCCUUGUGGCUACCUACCCUUACGACAAGCCUGUCCAGUCUGUUGAAAAUGAAGGCACGUUGAAGUACUUGGCAAGUGUUUAUGCCAACAACCACCCUAAGAUGCACCUCGGGGACACCGGAUGUUCAAAUAAUGGGCAGAUGGGAAACAUCCCAGAUGGAGUUAUGAGGGCAGCAGAAAGACAAAGUCACAUGGGGAGCAUGAAGGAUUUCAGCAUGGAUUUUGGCCACUGUCCAGAGAUCACAGUGUACAGCGGCUGCUGUUUAUUUCCUCCUGCUGAGCAGCUGGCCACACUCUGGGCUGAGAACAAGAAGUCUCUCCUAAGCAUGUUGGUGGAGGUCCAUAAAGGGGUGCGCGGCGUGGUAAAGGACAAGAGUGGAAAGCCUAUUGUUGGGGCGAUCAUUGUGCUGAAUGGGGGAGUGAGGGUGUUCACUACAGAGGGCGGCUACUUUCAUGCGCUGCUGGCUCCUGGUAACCACAACAUUGAAGCUGUUGCUGAUGGCUACCAACAACAACGUCAAGAGGUGGUGGUGUCGUCCUAUGAAGCUGCUAGCUCCAUCAUCAUUGAGUUUGACAUGGAUAACAGCAUCUUUGGCCUACCCAGAGAGUUUGUGGUGGCCAGUGCAGCGGCCUCCAUGACAGCGUUGGUGGUGACGGCGUGCAUCAUCUGGUGUGUGUGCGCAGCCAAGUCUAAUCGUCAAAAAGAUGGCUUCCACCGCUUGCGACAGCACCGAGACGAUUACGACGAUGAGAUCCGGCUCACCUCCAUGGGCUCCAAGAAGUCGCUGCUCGCCCACGAGUUUCAGGAUGAGAGCGAAAGCGAUGAGGAGACACUGUACGCCAACAAAAUCUGAGAACAAUUGCACCGAUUCUGCCGUUGGCUCAGUAUUUUAUUUUGAUCUCCCCCUUAAAUUUAACCAACAAGGAACAGACUGAACUGUAGACAGCAUCUGUCUCUCUUUAUGACGAAGAUAUGAGUGAUAGAGACACUUUGUUCUGUUAUACCAACGAGCUCUAUGGACUCACUCCCAGUCACUCAGUUAUUAGUGCUACUAAAUUAUUACUUUAAAGAGCAUCCUGCUGAUGUCUGGACUGAAGGGCUUGCUCCAUCUCUACCUGACUGGAUCAGGAGAAAAGACAGAAGGUGAUAAGAAGAGGGAGGGAGAAAUAAAGGUUUGGUCCACUGUGGCCCUCAUCCGUCCUUCUGUAGCAGGUUUUGAGUUCCGCAGCUUUUUCCAUUUCCGAGCCAUGCAAGAGUGCUCUGUUAGACCACUACCUGUCCUGCCUGGCUGAGGGGUUCCAGCCGUAAAGUCCAAAUAAACUCUUGUUUAGUGGAUGUGUAAUGAACUCUGGAUGGAAGUGCUAUAUCUCACACAAUCUCCCCGCUGAUAUCUCGCAUUUCUCAAUACUGCUUUGAGCUAGGAAAUCAGAAAUGUUUCUUUUAUCUGAGACAGCAUCGCCACAUUGAAGUGUCCGAGCCUUUAGGAGACUGAAUCCAACACUGUGCCUUGGCUUCUGUAAAGUUUACAGUCCUGUCGGGCUAUAGUACGUGACAGAAAGCAGCAACAUAGCAUAGAGCGAUAGAUAAUAUUUGAUCCGUCCUAUACUCAGGUGGUAGGAAGAGAGAGAAAUUCUGAUUUAAAUGACUGCUGAAUUACAAUGUUGCACUGUUUCUGCACAGGUGACUCCAGGCUGGCUGGCCUGGGUUCAGCAGUUUUGUAUUUUUCCAGUGAGUAAAUGUGGCCAAAAUCAUCAUCAUCAUCAUCAUCACCAUCACCAUCAUGGGAGCGAGUUUCUCAAAAGCUUUAAAGCAUCAGGGAGAAUCUGUUACCAAUGAAAUGCUUGAAUGAAACCCUUACUCAGAAAGUGCGGGGUGCUCUAAUGUAUGCAUGGAGGUCACUUGCACUAAAAUGGAAAGCAAGGAUCGUCCCAUAUCAUUGGCCCAGAAAGAAAUCUCUAAAUAUGUAAUCAUAAAACAAGAAUGUAUUUUGUUGCUUUUCACUUUUUUGUUUUAAUUAUAGGUUUGUUGUAGGAUAAACUGUCUGUACAUGGAAAGUUACUGCUUACUUUCGUCACAUGUCGCAUUGAGUCUGUGCCCUGUUUUUGAUCCGAGGAUGUGCAUUCUCACCAUGUCUCAUAACGAGCAUUAUCAGUUUUGUUGUUUGAAUGUGUUUAUUCAGUCUUUAUUCCUCCACUAAACAGUACUGAAGAGUGCAGAAGUCAGACUACGUUUGUCCGUCCAUUACUGAUCACUGUCCAGGAAUCAACCAUGCUACAUGGUUUAAAGAUCCAGUGCAAAGAAAUCCACAUUUUCCAAACUCAUUGUAAAACAAAGGGCAUAUAGAUCAUAAUCCAUGCGACCAAAAUGUGGUUGAAAGCUGCGAAAAUUAAUCAAAUGGGAGUUUCAGUUGAGACUGAGGUCACACAGAGGUUUAAAGCUACUCAGUACAUAACUAUGUGUGCGUAAAUAUAAUUGCAGGGUUCCCACAGUCGUGAAAUUCUUGGACAAGUUAGGAAAUUAAAACAAAAAUGUCUGACACUAAAAUCUCGUGCUGCACUGUGUGACCAUUGAAAUGUUGCUAGUAUCACAUGAUACACAUUGCAUGCAGCUUGUUAGUGGAAGUGCAGGUAGUAGUGGGUGUUUAAUAAUUUAAGGCUUCCCAACAACAAAUGUAACACAACUCCAAAGAGGAGCAGACCCCAUUUGGAAUUGUGCCCUUCUUUAAAUCGCUUGUUGUCAGAGAGGUGUCCAGGCUAUUUCAAACUAUUUAAAGCCAUGGAAAUGUUGUAAAAUAUGGAAAAGUAAUGGGAAAGUUUGUUAAACUCGUUGGUAAAAAUGUGUGGGAACCCUGUAGUAGCCAGUUUUAAGGGACACGGUUGCUUUGACGAUAAUGCGACAAUAAGCCGUUUUUCAUUUCUCUCAUUUGUUAAGAAGCUCAUAAGUCAUUGUGUGGCAACAUUUACAUGGCGUAUAUGCGCAAAUCAGGGGAGCAGUAAGGUGAAGAGUCAUUAGAGGAAGAAAAACUGUUGUUAAUCCUGUCUGACAUGGCAUAAAAUUGAACUUGAAGCAUCUUCUAGCGUAUGAGGUGAACUUCAAAAAACCAAACUUGUGGUUAUCUUUGCUUUGGAUCUCCAUGUGUCGACAUUCCCAGCUGAAUAAAAACUGAUGCACUGGAUCAUUAAAAUCAGAUGGCUCUUAAAGUAGGAAUGCCGUGCAUGUUUUUCAUCACGUUUGAAGGAAUACACACACUUUAAUAAUUUGCCUUGAUUUCCACUCACUUUAAGAAGAUAUUCUUUCCUCCUUCUUUUAACAAAAGCAGCUGUCAUCAGUUAAGUUAAACCUGAUUUCUGUGUAGAGAGACAGUUUUGUAUUUUAUUUUUCCUUUCUUAUACCGUAUCUGUGAAUGUGUGAGUAUGAAUUCUGAGAGGUGAGCGUGUGUCAGGGUCACGCAGUGUUGGUGUGAAGAUUUUAUAUGAAAUAGAAUCGGCUGUAAAUAAUGUUUGCCAAUUGUGAAUGGGAAAAUAAAUGCAAUAUGUGUUAACCAUGAAUCUACACUCGAAACGUUUAAUAAAAGCCUCUGUGUGAUCAUGACAUGCUAACAUGCACAAAAUCUCAUGAGACACAAUGAAAUAAAACCUCUCACAGCGUC